AAAGUGACGGACGAACUGUCAAUGUCAAACUCAUUAAUUUUAACCUCAAAAAUUUGACAUUUCCAAAACAACUUUGUUUGAUAACAUACUGCGACCCAACAGUUCCAGCUGACUUUAAAGAACAUGUCUAAAAAAGGGGUGAGUGCCGAAGAGAAGAGAACCCGAAUGCUAGAGCUUUUUUAUCAAAAAGGCGAAUGCUUUCAACUAAAGGAACUAGAGAAGAUCGCCCCGAAGGAAAAGGGCAUAGUCGCCAACUCUGUUAAAGAUGUGAUCUCUAAGUUGGUCGACGAUGGAUUAAUCGAAACUGACAAAAUAGGCACUUCUAUUUACUUUUGGGCUUUUCCAAGCAAAGCCGUUAAGUCCCGAAAAAGAAAACUGGAGGAAGUAACCAAAAAAAAUGAAGAAACUUCCAAGAAACUCAAACUCGUUGAAGAGGCCAUUGAACAGUCAAAAUCAAACGAGGGAGACACUGAGACGAUUGAUCGGUUGCAAAAUGAAAUUACCGAGUUGGAACUUGAUGUUGCUUCGAUGGAGAAAACCCUUGCUGAACGGAAGGAGAAUGACGCAGAAAAGUUUGAGGCUAUGAGGAAUAAAGCCGAGAGUUUAAAGGAGGCGGCCAACCGAUGGACAGAGAACGUUUUCUCAAUUAAGUCCUGGUGCAAGAAAAAGUUCUUUAUGGAGGACAAAGUAUUGGACAAGCAGUUUGGCAUCCCCGAAGACUUCGAUUAUAUAGAAUAAAUCAGUUUUUAGUUGUUAAGUUAGCUAUUAAGGUACAUGACUUACCCAGUGUAGUAAUAUAGUUUAUUUUUGUACAAA